AUGGGCCCCGUUUACCAACGGCUACGCGAUGGCGGUAAGCGCGGAAAGGGCUCCCCGGCGCCUGGGGUAUCGCAAAGCGAUGGUGAGGUUGGCCAAAGUACCCACACGCCGAAUAAGAAGAACCAAACGGUUGCUGGCCACUUGACUGAGGCUCUCGACGAUACACUUGACGACGAUAGCCUCACGCUUGGGGCCUAUCCUGGGAAUCGUCGCGUUUACACCCGAGGCGACGGGAGAAACAAUACCCUUGAGAUAUUUACAGGCACCGUGGAUCUGUGGAAAGAUUAUGUUGGAACGCAGAGCACAGAGGGCUUCUUUUGGGCUUUGCGCGAUGUCAUGUCCGCCUUCGACGACACAUCCGAAAAUGCCACUCCGCGCAUUGUACUAUACAUCACAAACUUAACCCGCUUGGAUUGUACGGACCCCAGUGUAUUAUUUGCUUCAAUCCCUACGAUCUGGGACUGUUUGACAUUGGCCGCUGUCUCUCUUUACACAAACGAGUCCGAUACCUCCAUGGACCAGGUUCCUCAUCUGAUCGAAUAUACAGAUCAGCUGGGCGUCGACAUGCUAAGAUUUCAGCCUCGCAAGGUUCUCACAUCAGCUCUUUCGUGUGUGAAUGCUGCCUGCAGCAACGCCAAUUGUACCAUACCUUUUCCAUCGCUCGAUCCUACACUCAAUGCUUCUCAGACAGUUCAUGAUGCUUGGUUAUCACUGCACUCAGUUUGUGACAAUACAGAGAAAUGGGUUGCUAAUCCAGACAUAAUCGGACCAGGUGUUUUGAUUUCAUAUAUGUCUCAAGUCAUUAUGGGAGUUCUCUCAUGGGCGAUAUUUGCUCUCUGCAGUCUUGCCGCUGUGGUUAUAAAAGCAGACAAGUUAAACUCUAGGUUCCCAUCAUCAUUUCCUCCGAGCCCGAGAGUUUCCCGGUGGCUAGCGACAUUAUCGCGGACAGCUGGCAAGUUUCAUGAAACAUUCUUGCAAGCAAAUCCCAUAGCCAUUCUGCAGAUGAGCGUGGUCGAGUUUCAAGAGGCACAAUGCUUCUUCGUCAUGGCUACUCAAUUUGCAAUCUUCAUGGCCCGCAGGAAAUUUAGCUCCAAUUUCUCCUCAAACACGUCAGGUUUUGGCUUUUUCCAAGACGAAAAUUCCGCAACGCUGCUCGCUGUCUGCGGCGUAUUGCCAAUGGUCCUCACUCAGGCCACUCUGGCUCGGUGCGGUCGAAAUCCAAUCUUUACGCUGGUACUCUCAUCAGCGACAUUAGGUCUGUCCUUUGCCGCUCGCAAAGUUACCGCCCCGUUCUCUGAUUUCGAGUCGGUUUCUUCGGAUCAACUCUUCCAAAUCUUUGAUGGCGUGAACCAGAUCCUCGAAUGUGGUGGUCGCACUUCACCAAGAACAUUUUGUGGAACGAUCCAGGAUGCGCAGAAAUACCUCCCCUCCGGCGGAGCCAUUUAUGAUUACAACUUCUUCACGGGCCUUUGGAUCUACCUGAUACUUCUCUUCAUUCUCUUGAACCUAUGGGCGGAACGACUGAGACAGGUCGAUAUGAUCUCAUCUGCGUUGACUACCUGGAUAAGCGGGGGUUUGAACCGAUUAAUUAGACCCAUAUCGAUCGUUAUAGCCUGGAUGAAGUUCCUUCUCGAACUUGUGAUUGCGGCUAUGGCUCUCCUCGGAUUCAAAAUACAAGUGGAAUUGUUUGGUUUUACCGUUACCACUUCAUCAUGGGGAAUUGGACAGUUCGUUGCCGCUGUAAUAUUCGCGCCUGUUAUUUACAAGUGGAUCUUCUACACAUUAUUUCGGAUAAAGCCAGAACUACCCGUAUCUCAACAGAACAGAAGCGCUGGAGCGAAUGACGAAAACGUGUUUCUGAUCAGCGCCGCGCCUCAAGUUCCAAUGGAGCAGAUGAGCAGACCAUACACGCGAGGAACAAUUUAG